AUGUCAGGCGAAAGCGCGACCGGUCUAGCAUUUGUCGAUCAGGUACUUGGCUUGAAAGAUGGACCCCGGCUGUCAAUUUUAGUAAGAAGCACUAAAAAGCUCCCACAAGGUUUCAUCAGUCGACAUGCUGGUAGAAUGAAAAUCGUUGAGGGUAGUCUCACUGAUGAAGUCAAAUUAAACCAAGCUAUGGAAGGGGUAACAACAGUCGUCAGCUUCUUGGUUGCAAAAGGAGCAUGCAUGCCUUUGUAUCACUUCCUCACUCGGUCCAAGCCCACUCCGAUCGCCGACUCCUUUCAUCUUAUCAAGAAAUCAAUGGGAAAGCAUGGUGUGAAGCGGCUUCUAGCAUUAUCUACGCCAGCGCAUGCUCUCCCCAACGAAGAGUACACGUGGACACAAUAUAUCACGACACAAAUUCUUCCACCAGUGGUAGUACCACAAGGUUCCGCCGAAAUGACCGCGAUUGAUGAAAUUUGCGCAGAUGCGGACUUCGACUACACGAUUUUCCGUGUCCCUCAUCUCAAUGAGAGUCCUGCGGAUGCCAGAGUUCAUGCUGGUAAAUAUAGCAAGGACUUUAAAGGUGGUCAGGAGCUCUCACGGGGAAUGGUGGCCAAAUGGGUCUACGGAGAAAUCCAAGAAAAGUGA